GAACUUUUGUUGGCCCUUGCCGCGAAUCCCGUAGUUCAGGGUCGUGCCUGCCCAUACAACACAGCCACAGAGCGCUCAAACCGUCAGCCCUGAUCCCCUUAGCCGAAUCUCACAUGCAAGUCCUGGAGAGGCCACAUUUUUUGUUUCGAACUCGGCAGCUUGGGGUGAAAGCGGAUAGCAAGAGCACCGGGAAAGGCUUCACUUUAUCUCUUGAGCCUGCUACCAUUGUGUCUCAUUUGUAGCGGUCAGACCGAUCGGGCCACGUUCCGUCUCUACAGCGGGCUCACGGCACUAGAACAUCUGGCUGCACAGGCCUGCAGCCUCCCUAUCACUUUGCUCCAAGACCCGCCAACUUUCCAGGCAACCUCCCGGAUCAACCCCAGCCAUGAGAUCUCACGCGUUGCUCGCAUUGGUCUUGUGCCUCUUUGCAGCAUUCGCCGCUGCCUGGACCAAAGAGGACCACGAAAUCUUCCGUAUCCGUGACGAAGUGGCCAAAGCAGACGGCGCCAAUGUCACCUUCUACGAUCUCCUCGGUGUCAAGCCCAGCGCCUCCCAAGACCAAUUGACCCAAGCCCUCCGCAAGAAGUCGCGCGAACUUCACCCGGACAAGGCCCGCAAGGUCUUUGUUGCCAACUAUGCUAAGAAGAACAACAAGAAGAAGCCAACCAACAAGGAAAUUGAGGCACACUUGAAGAAAGUCACCGCCGCCUACCAGCGUCUUUCCGUCGUUGGAAAGAUGCUCAAGGGCGCCGAGCGCGAGCGCUACGACCACUUCCUGAGGAACGGCUUCCCAGCAUGGAGGGGCUCUGGCUACUACUAUGAGCGCUUCCGUCCUGGCCUUGGCUCAGUCAUUGUCGGUCUACUCGCUGUGUUCGGUGGAGGCUUCCACUACUUCGCUCUGUUGAUGUCAUGGAAGCGUCGCAGGGAGUUUGCUGAGAGGUACAUUCGCCAGGCACGCAAGACUGCCUGGGGUGAUGAGAGUGGUCUUCAGGGCAUCCCUGGAGUCGACGAUACCGCCGCACCUGUCAACGCCGAACAGUUCGAGAAGGAUUCUGCCGAGGAUACACCAGAGGAGCUAGCCCCACGCAACCGUCGCGAGAGGCGCGCUAUGGAGAAGGACGCUCGCAAGCCAAAGAAGGCGCAAGCUGUGAAAAAGGCCCGCGCCGAUGGCAUCAGCACCCCCGUUGAGGCAGAGGUCAUCUCUGGUCCUCAAGGAGCCAAGAAGCGCAUCGUCGCUGAGAACGGCAAAGUCUUGGUCGUUGAUUCCGUUGGUAAUGUUUUCUUGGAAAUUGAGAACGAGGAUGGUAUGAAGGGUGAAUACUUGGUCGACCCUGAUGAGGAGCCUAAGCCUACUAUCUACGACACCCUCCUGUUCAAGCUGCCCAAGUUUGCUUACAACCAGUCAGUCGGACGUGUCCUUGGAAAGAAAGAGAUGAUUGACGCUCCAUUGCUUGAGACCUCUAAUCUAACCGAGGAGGAGGCCGCCAUCCAGAAUGCCACCGCGCCCAACCUUAACGGCGAGGCAAGGAAACGCAAGGCCAUGGCCAAGAAGGCAAGGUAACUGCUUGCGUGCGACAUAGCAUAUGCUGUAAUGUUACAAAAGUUUAGCAUCUAUGUUUGGUUGUUGGUAGACAAAAAGGGUACUGGACUAUGCAUGUGCGUGUAAGAUACAGAGAUAGACUACAAUAUGAGCCACGCAAUGCGAAGAGCUUUGAGCACUCGCACC